CGCCUGCGCUCUGCCAGUGCCCAGGGCUCCGCGGGGUGGUGCGCAUGCUCACACUGUCGCUCAGAGACAUGGCGAGAGAAAUGGCGGUAGACUGGCUGGGCUUCGGUUACGCAGCACUGGUGGCCUCCGGCGGGGUGUUGGGCUACGUCAGGGCCGGGAGCGUGCCUUCCUUAGCAGCUGGCCUGCUGUUUGGGAGUGUAGCAGGGAUCGGUGCUUAUCAGAUCACCCAAAACCCCAAAAACAUAUGGUUGUCUCUGAUUGUUUCAGGGGCACUGACUGGAAUAAUGGGAAUGAGAUUCUACAAUUCAAGAAAAUUCAUGCCAGCUGGUUUAGUUGCUGGAGUAAGCAUUCUAAUGGUUGGAAGACUUGGACUAAAAAUGUUGGAAAAAUCCCAUGAAUCAUGAACCUUUACCUUUUUAUAAAGAGUUUAUAAAAUUGUGCCUGGAAUCAUAGAUUGCUUCUGACCUUAAUCAUGCAUUCUUACAAGAUGAAAGUACACUAAACAAAAGUUAAGACUGUAAGAGAUGUAACUUGCUCCAAUAAAUCACCUGAUUCAAAA